AGGGGAAAGGUCAUUGACCUGAGGCACAGUGCCCCAGUUGCAAACUUGGAUUCUACUCUAAGCUAUGAUGUUGUCACUUUGUCUUCGCUGCUUCAGAAGACAGCAGAGCUGUAUACAACUGAAGAAUGUGAUCUACACCUCCAUGAAGACAAUGUUGAGAACAAGCAGAGGUCCUGGUAUGUGUGCAGCUGUAGGAGUUUGGACAGGCUUGACCUUGUCAAUGAUUGCGAGAGUCAAGGCCGCUGAACCUGUGUAUCCAGCAAAGCUACAGGCCCUUGACCCCAGCACCCUGACACAUGAGUACCUGAUGAGAUCAGCGGCGGCCAUGACGGUUGACUCUGCAAUCACCCUGCUGUCCCAGACUACCAUGGCUAUCAUCCACCUGGAGCAGGAGUAUGCCAAGAUAGUUUCCACACUUACUUCACUGCUGGAGUAUGAGACCCUGGUCCUGGGGAAUGCUCCAGAGGAGGAGAGAGUAGCACAGCUCAUCAUACAGCAGAGAGUGGAGCUGGAGGACAAGAGAAGAGAACUACAGAACAUUGAGGUGGUACUUCUGGCUGUACAGCGCCUGGUGGAGUCAGCAGCUGAGGCAGCUUAUCAAACAGGUGCAGAAUCAGCAACAGUGGCUGCCCAGGACAGGCUACAGCUGGCACAGAACCAGAUAGAACUGGUCAGGAACCAGUCCAGACAAGCAGACGUGGUACUGAACCAACUUCAGACUCAGUCCAUCCAUAAAGUCGGAGAGAUGAUCAAGGAAGCAGAAGAAAGCACUACAGAAACUGAAUCUUGACAAACUAUAUUCAAGUUUGCAGGGAUUCUAUUUUGACAUAGUGAAAAAAAGGAGUGUUCGCGGCGGGUUUUAGUUUUCAGUAGUGCCAUCCCGCAAAUUCCCACGAAUGCAUUCACAGUACUGUACUGUAUUGCACUGAAGUCACAUACUGAAGUGGGAAACCUGGUGUUUCUUUGAACUGCCAGUUGGAAACCACUUACUGGUUACUCAGAAAGGGUGCUACAAAUUAACAGAACAGUCCACCUUUGACUUUGUAGAUUUCAGUGAAGUGACCACCACAAAAAAAGCAAACAUAAAGCCAUUGCAAAAGCUUCUGCAUUUACAGUAUUGUAAACUUCAUGCCUGUAGUUAAUGUAAGUGCUGAUAUGGAAGAUUUUACACAUGCUAUGCUAUCAAGAUAGAAAAAAUAACCUGACAAUUUCUGCAUCUUUCCUUUUUUUGUCUUGACUAUGUUACUUUACAUGUUUUUAGAGGUAAAACAUUUUUUG